AUGGAGGAAGAAGAUUUACUUUCGGGUGCUCCUUGUAAACGCUUAAAAUUAUGUGAAAAUUCAUCCCAAAACGCAGCAAAAACCAAAGAAAUACAAAACCAGGAUAAUGUGGAAACUAUUGAUACUGCUAACGAUGGCGAAGAUGAAAAAUACGAGCAAAAAGAUAGCACAGAAACUUGCAGAAAUUUUCCUUCAGAAGCUGAACUUGGAAGCAAGUCUGAUGCCGAAGUUUUGAAGGCUAAUUCUUUAUCAAACGAUGAUGAAUUAAUCCCAAUCCAUACGGCAGAAAAAGACGUUGGAAUAACAGAAUAUUUAAGCAAACAUGAAGGUUUUCAAGGCAUCUUGAAGCAAAGAUAUGUAGACUUCUUAGUCAAUGAGCGAGAUACCAAGGGGAAUCUAGUGCAGUUAACAAAUACUGAUAUUCCUCGAGAAAACGCGUCAAAACAAGAGAGCAGCGAGGAUAUUCUAUCUGAGGAGGACUUAGAGAAGGUAAAGUCGGUGUUGGACAGCAAAGAUAUAACAUUUAAUGCGAUUUUAUCUUAUGACGAUGACAAGGAUCAUAGGAGUAAAGUUCAUCGAUGUAUCAAAGAAAAAUUUCCUAGUUUAGAUACUGAAACUGUAACAGUCGAUGAACAUAAGGCAGUCCGAGUUUUCCGUUACCAUGGAAACCCUGCAAAGAAGCGUCAAGAAAAAUGGCCAGCAUCUCGUGGUGAUUACUGCARGUUUGUUCUCUACAAAGAAAACAAAGACACAAUGGAGGCAAUAAAUUUACUAUCAAAACUUGUCCACGCUAAGCCAAGUAGUUUUGGGUAUGCUGGGACUAAAGAUCGCCGAGGGGUUACUGUCCAAGAAGUAAGAGCAUACAGAGUACAGGCGCAAAGACUGAAAGGACUUAAUAAAACUCUUAGAGGUAUGACAGUAGGAAACUUUGAAUACUGCCAAGAUCGGCUCACCUUGGGACAGCUCUCGGGAAACCAUUUUGUCAUUACUCUGAGGAAUGUUACAGGGAAUACAAAAAAUAUUGAGCAAGCUAUGAACUCUUUAAUCAAUGUUGGCUUCAUUAAUUAUUAUGGUCUACAGAGGUUUGGGACUACAGCAGUUCCUACACACCACACAGGUAAGGCCCUAAUCCUAAGCCAGUGGAUGAAGGCUGUGAACUCCAUCCUCAGCCCAAAGUCUGGAAGAACCAAGGACUUCAAUGAAGCCUUACUGCUAUGGAAGAAUACUGGUGAUGCUGCUAAAGCCUCUCAGAAACUUGCCAAGCAAAGAAGCAUUGAAAGUAAUCUCUUGCAAGGACUUGCAAAACAUGGCAAUAAGGAUCUAGUGAAUGCUUUGCAGUUUAUUCCCAGGAACACUAGGUUGAUGUAUGUUCAUUCGUAUCAAAGUUACAUCUGGAAUCAAGUGGUCUCUUGGCGUAUCAAGGAGUUUGGUCUUGUCCCUAUAGAAGGUGACUUAGUAUUCACAGACAACCAAUCAUCCACGAGUAUUGAUAGCAAUGAGACUGAAAUCCUUGAUGAGUGCCUGGAUGACACAGUCAAAACACUUCGAACAUCAAAUAGUACAUUCGUACGCAUGCUUACUUCAGAGGACAUAAAAUCUGGGACAUAUACAAUCCAUAACAUCAUUAUGCCGUUACCUGGCUAUGAUGUCACAUAUCCAGGAUAUAACAGCAAGCAAGUCUAUAAAGAACUUAUGGAUAAGGAUGGCAUUGAUAUAGAUGGAUUAAGACAUAGGGUUAAGGACUACUCGUUGUCUGGUACAUACAGACAUGUGGUUGUCAAGCCUAAGAAUACUUGUUGGCGAUUAUUGAAGUACGACAAUCCCACAGAACCACUGGUGCUGACAGAUAUGGACCGCGUGAAUGGAAAGACAGCAUUAGAAACACCAGCAGAUGGACAAUACGUAGCCUUACAAAUAGAACUCACCCUACCCCCCUCGUGUUAUGCCACUAUGGCAGUCAGGGAGAUACUGAAAUGUGAGACAUCAUCAGUCUAUCAAACUGCACUGAAUACAAGUGUGUAGUAGUGACGAAUGCCUUACCCUAUCCCCCUUGUUUUCAGGGAGGUACUGAAGUUUACUCUGAAGGGUAUUUUUUAAACAUGAAUAGAGGUUUUGCACCACCACGUGAUAGCAGCCUUGUUAGAUGGCAAGAACAAUACAAUCGUUUUACCUGAGAAAGAAUAAAAUUCCCCAGAGCAAAGGGAUUUUAUUGUUCUGCCAUCUAACCACAGGAAGCCCAAGCAGUAUUAUGGGAUGGUGCAAAACCUCUAUAGGGAAUAGGUUUUAUGUUUUGUUUUCCAAAAGGAAUAAAAUACAUAGUUACAUAUUUUUUACUCAGACUGAGAAAAACUUUCUAGAAGUUUGUGUAUAAUAGUAAAAUGGGCACUAAAGAAAACGAUGUAAAUAAGAUCUUACUACUGACAGGGGAUUCAAUAAGGCCUAGGGCAAACGUCGAACUUUCCAUGCACCGAACUCAUUAAAAACAAUGGAUAUGAGGUAAUAAUGAGGCGGCAUUCUUUGAUGUAAUUAAGUUCGGUGCAUGGAAAGUUCGACGUUUACCCUAGGCCUAAUGGUCAGGGAUCAGGGAUUCCUUCUGUAACUUAGCAAAAUUCACAGGCUUAAACUACCAUUAGAGCUUAGUAAUUUGUAAGAUAUUCACUUUUUGCAUCCUGGUCUAAAAUUUAGAGAGCGAAAGGACAAAAAGAAAUGUAAAGUAAGGAAAGCUGAGAUUUCUAAUAAAAAUCAUUUGCACGGUU